AUGCUAUAUGAGAUUCCUACGUCUUCCCCGAAGACAUACCUCACUCUGUCCUUGAAGGCCAUUGGAUUCAGCACUUUUCAAACAACCCUACUUAUUAUCCAGGUGACUGUCUUUGCAUCUAUCAACCUUCUUCUCGUCACCGAACUGACAGAGCGAAUUCACCAAAUCUCCCUGAUUGGUCUGUUGACACAGGUGUGGUCCUUACCACUUCUAAUCGUCCUCUAUACAUCAGCUGGAAACUUAACCGAAUGGGGUCUCUACGAUGUGACAAUUGUCUUGCUCGGCUGGCCAUCCUCCACAUGCUGCCUAGGUUGGAUGGUGUUCUCGAAUGAGCAAUUCGGUUCGGACCCGAGCUAUCAGUGCUGCACUGUACAAUCUUACCAUCUAGUUGUCGGGAUCGCUUCUUCCAACAUCUAUCGCAGUGACGACAACCCACUCUAUCAUCGUGGGAAUGGACAGCUUGUUGCCAUCGAUGUUGCUACCAUCUUGGUCUAUGCCUUGGCGAAAUGUGACGAUGUGGCGAGGAAUAACUGGAAAAGGCGUCAAUGGGAAGGCCACAUAUCUGGAGACGACCUUGGAUGA